UGUAGAACAAGUUAUCCCUACAGUAGUGUUGGUCAAUCCGCUCUUGCACGACACUUCAGAUUAUCUGCAAUUCUCUGCUUUGAGCAUCUUGUCGCCGGUCGAAUCUAGUCCGUGUGCAGUGAGGUUCAGUGGGUCUGCAAUUGCCAGAUUGGGCGAACCUGCAAGGCAAUCGGUAUUUGAAUGCUGGAGCUUAGACUCACAGCUACCCUAUUGUUCUCUUCUAUUACAAGGGCUGGACCUGCUUUUCCUCGUACGAAACGGACCCUUUACAUAUUCUCCCUCCUCUCUCGAAUACCAGAUCCGAACCUUGCUAGAUUAGCUCCCAAUUCCAGACCAUUUCAAGUGCGCUUCUGUUCAGCAGAAGUCCGACAGACUAUGGCACCACCCGGGGAUCGAGACAUCCUGCCCGACAUCAUCAAGCCGGUGAACUACGAGUUGUCCCUCUUCAACCUCGAGUUCGGCGGCAAAUGGUCAUACGAUGGGCUUGUCAAGAUCGCUUCGAAGGUCAAGCAGGCCACCAAUGAACUUGUGAUCAAUACCAAUGAGCUGGAUAUCAAGGGUGCAGAAGUGCUAGGCCAGGAUGGUGGAGCCGCAGUCACGUCUAUGGCAGACGUGUCUUACGACAAGCCCAACGAAAGAGCCACCAUCAAGUUCUCUGGCGACAUCCCUGCUGGAGACGCCGUGAUUGCUAUCAAAUAUCAAGGUAGCAUGAAUAAUUCCAUGGCUGGAUUCUAUCGCUCCAAGUACAAACCCGCAGCCACACCGAGCUCAGGUACACCCACAGAUGGCGAGUUCCACUACAUGUUCAGCACACAAUUUGAGGCUUGUGAUGCAAGAAGAGCAUUUCCUUGCUUUGAUGAGCCAAAUCUAAAAGCGUCCUUCGAAUUCGCGAUUGAGAUCCCUGAAGACUUAACAGCAAUCAGCAACAUGCCGGAGAAGGCUGUGUCAAAGGGCAGCAAAGACGGGCUGAAGAAGGUGUCAUUCGAGAAGACUCCCGCCAUGAGCACAUAUCUUGCUGCUUGGGCGGUUGGGGACUUUGAGUACGUGGAAGACUUCACGGCACGCAAAUAUAAUGGCAAGAACAUCCCCGUCCGUGUUUACACCACUCGGGGUCUCAAGGAGCAGGGCCGCUUCGCUUUAGAGCAUGCUCAUAAGACUCUGGACUAUUUCUCUGAUGUCUUUGGCAUUGAAUAUCCUCUUCCAAAAUCCGAUCUGUUAGCUGUACAUGAAUUUGCCAUGGGAGCUAUGGAGAAUUGGGGAUUGGUGACUUACCGAACUACUGCAGUUCUUUUCGACGAGGAAAAGUCAGACGCUCGGUUCAAAAAUCGUGUCGCAUAUGUGGUGGCGCACGAGUUGGCUCACCAAUGGUUCGGCAAUCUCGUGACUAUGGAUUGGUGGAACGAGCUCUGGCUGAAUGAAGGCUUUGCUACAUGGGUUGGAUGGCUUGCAGUCGACCAUUUGCACCCUGAAUGGGAUGUGUGGAGCCAGUUUGUGGCUGAAGCUGUACAAACAGCUCUUGAGCUCGACUCGCUCCGUGCCUCCCACCCCAUCGAAGUGCCUGUUCGCAACGCUCUGGAGGUUGACCAGAUUUUCGAUCAUAUCUCCUACCUGAAGGGAAGCUCCGUGAUCAGAAUGCUGAGCAAUCAUUUAGGGCAGGAGGUAUUCUUGAAGGGUGUAGGCGACUAUCUCAAAAUCCAUGCCUAUGGCAAUGCCAGGACCAACGACCUCUGGGCAGCGCUCAGCGCAGCCUCGGGGCAGGACGUCCAGGCUUUUAUGGACCCCUGGAUCCGCAAGAUUGGCUUCCCAGUUGUUACUGUUGCCGAAGAACCUGGCCAGAUUGGCAUUCGCCAGUCGAGGUUUUUGACGACAGGAGAUGUCAAAGCUGAAGAAGAUGACACGACGUGGUGGGUUCCCGUCGGCCUGAAGACAGGAACGCCAGCCAAAGUCGUACACAGUGCUCUGACCCAGAAAGAGGAUACUGUCCGUGAUGUCGACGACGACUUUUACAAGAUCAAUGCUGACCAGAGCGGCUUCUACCGGACAAAUUAUCCACCGCAACGCCUGAUGAAGCUUGGUAACUCCCAAGACCGCCUGUCGGUAGAGGAUAAGAUUGGUUUGAUGGGAGACGCAACUGCCCUCGCUAUGGCCGGAAAUGGUACGACGUCGGCUCUUCUUUCUUUGUUGGAAGGCUUCAAAGAUGAGAAAAACUUCAUUGUGUGGCAACAAAUUGCAACUUCGCUGUCCAAAGUUCGCUCUGUCUUUUCCACCAACAAGGAAAUCUCUGCUGGCCUGAAAAAGUUCUCUCUGAAAUUGGUCUCUCCAGCAGCGGAAGCCAUCGGCUGGGAAUACCCUAAAGACGAGGACUGGCUGACGGGCCAAUCUAGAAAGCUUCUGCUCGGCUAUGCUGCAGGAGCAGGCCACCAAGGCAUUAUCGAAGAAGGCCAAAAGAGAUUCGCAGCAUGGAAGGCUGGUGAUGAAAAGGCAGUUCACCAGAACUUGCGAAGCGUUAUUUUCAAUCUGGCAAUUGCCAAUGGUGGGCAGGAAGAAUACGAUGCCAUGAAGGCCGAGUUCAAGAAGACAACAACGGUGGACGGUAAGGAGAUCUGCAUCCAAGCCCUCGGCCGGUCGAAGAACCCGGAUCUCGCAUGGGAUUUGCUUGAAUUUGUGAUUUCGGAAGAAGUCCCGGCUCAAGAUUCUCACGGAGGCAUCGUGGCUGUGUCGAACAACAACGAGACACGAACAGUGGCGUGGGAAUUCACCAAGAAGAAUUGGGAACGAGUCGAGAAGAGACUUGGCGGGACGGGCAUAGUGAUUGAUCGAUGGAUCAAGAUGGGACUGCCCAAGUUCUCAGACAUCGCCAUUAGAGAUGAUAUCGCUGAGUUCUUCAAGGACAAGAACACGGCGGCGUUCAACCGAAGCUUGGUAAUAGUGUCUGAUGCCAUCACUGGAAAUGCCAACUACAAGCAACGAGACGAGGAGCAAUUGUUGGAGUGGUUGAAGGCUCAUGGAUAUGCUUGAGAAGUAGUGGCUUCAUAGACAGACAAGCCCUUCACAUUGCAGUGGAAGUCGUAGUGGCGAAGGCUUCAGCAGGAGGCAAUGCUGGACAACAGAGCCAUGGAUAUCA